GGCACGAAUAAUAGACUAUAAGGGGCGUAACGUCAUCCUUUCGUCAUCAUCUCACUUCGAUUGAACGAAAUUAAGAACAAGCUCUCUCAAGACUUCACGGGAUUUUACAUAAUGUCUUCUUCCUGCCCAAGACAUUCUUCGGAAAAUGGUUCAGACACGGAGCCGACAACAACAAGUUGAAAAGGGAGCCGUAGGGGACUCCCAGGAGCAGCAGAAACCAGAAACAUCACCGACCCGGAAACGGAAAGCGGACGAAAAUGGAACAGACAUGCACCAAUAUGACUUACCUGUAAAGCAAGCGCGACAGCCAAAAGGCGGGACCCACGCCGAGACCGAAGGGCAUGACACGAAAAAGUUGCUGGCUCGAGUCUUGGCCGAGUACGGAGGCCCUCCCCUGAACGGCCUGGUCGAGGAGGAGAAAACGCCGGCGAGUAACGUCGUCAUGGCACACAUAUUCAACGCGCUCCUCUCGUCCACUCGUAUUUCACAUGAUAUCGCCAUGUCGACUCUUACAUGCCUCAUCGAGGAGAGCUAUCAUGACCUGAGCGUGCUGGAACAAACGUCCUGGGAGCAAAGGACCGAAAUCCUGACCAGGGGGGGAUACACGCGCUACAGAGAGAAGACGGCGAAUUUCUUGGGCGACUUGGCUGAGCUCAUGGGAGAGAAGUAUGGUACGUCUGCAAACGAAGUUGAGAAAAGCCGUCAUUGGCGCAUUCUGACGAAACACUCCGGGGGGUGUGAAGUUAACUGACUUCGUGUGACGACUGACUCUCACUCGCACCAGACAACGAUGCCUCGAACAUGCUUCCCAGAGAAAAGCACGGGGACGAAGCGCGCAAGGCUCUAAAAGAAAGGGUGCAGGAAAUCAAAGGUCUGGGACAGGUCGGGUCUGACAUCUUCCUCGGUUCCAUCCAGAAUUUCU